CUGAGAGAAAUAGUAAAAUGGUGAAUGGGGGUAAUAAAGGUGAACCGUUGCAUUCUUUCGGGUAUUUCAAUCAGUGACCCGACCCGGCCCGAAACACCCUCAAACUUUGUAUUUUCAUUUCACUCUGCUCUUUUAUCCGAAGCUUUUAAAUUUUUCCGACAUGUUAGCCGUACUAGUAGGAACAGCAACAACACCGCCUUUCACGGCGACCACUUCGCUAACUUGCUUGCUGGGCCCACCAUGGAAAGGGUUCAGUGGAAGUGUGGGAUCAACUCCAACCUUAAAAUGGGCUAAGAAGCAGAGACAAUGCAAAAGGAAAACUGGUCUUAGUGGUAUCUGUGCCAAAUUUGAGCUGAAGCCUCCUCCAUAUCCUCUGGAUGCGCUAGAGCCGUAUAUGAGCAAGGAGACUCUGGAGUAUCACUGGGGGAAGCACCAUAGGGGUUAUGUGGAUAACCUAAAUAAGCAGAUUGAAGGAACUGAACUCGAUGAAUUGUCGUUGGAAGAUGUUAUACUUGCUACACACAACAAGGGAGAUUUGCUUCCACCUUUCAACAAUGCAGCACAGAUCUGGAACCAUGACUUCUUCUGGGAGUCCAUGAAACCAGGUGGCGGAGGAAGGCCAUUGGGGGAACUUCUAGAACUAAUUAAUAGAGAUUUUGGUUCUUUUGAGAAAUUGAUCGAUGAUAUAAGGUUGGCUGCGACUACACAGUUUGGUUCUGGAUGGGCUUGGCUUGCAUAUAAAGCGAAUAGACUUGAUGUUGAAAAUGCAGUAAAUCCUAAUCCAUUAUAUGAAGACAAAAAGCUUGUAGUGGUGAAGAGUCCUAAUGCAGUCAACCCACUUAUAUGGGAUUAUUCUCCGCUCCUUACCAUCGAUGUCUGGGAGCACGCUUACUACCUCGAUGUCCAGAACCGGCGAGCUGAUUACAUAUCAACCUUUUUGGAGAAACUUGUUUCAUGGGAAGCAGUCAGUUCUAGACUUGAGGGUGCAAAAGCUCGAGCAAUUGAAAGAGAGGAAGAAGAAGAAAGAAGGAAAAGAGAAGAAGCGGAGAAAUCAUCAGAUGGCGAAGUUGAAGAAAUUUAUGUAGACAACAAGAGUGAUGACUCGGAGGCUGAAUGAAUUCAGUUCCAUGAGAACGAACUGAAAACAAUUUUUGGGUCGGUUGCCUUCUGUGUUUGCUGAGACUGAUAGAGUUUUAGUUCGGCGGUAUUUACUAAUAAGAGCUUGUGCUAUACUCAUUUCCUUUUCUUGAGCUUGUGCUAUUCUCAUUUCCUUUUCUGUAUUCUACAGCAUAAAAUUGCUCAUGUGCACAUGUACAUGUAAUCCUUCUGAUGUAAUCUUCACAAGAGGUAUUGGCUUUACACAAUCAUGAUCACCUAUACAACUCAAGAGGUAUUAGCUUUGCACCAUCAUGAUCAUCUUAUUGGAGAAGUCUUAUUAGACAAAAAACUGUCCAGAGCUGAGAGCCUUAAAUUGUCAGCACAUGGGGGUUCAAAGAUAUCCCAAAAAUGAAGAGUCCCGUCUGCAACAGCUGAUACCACAGUUAACCCAUCAGGGCUCUGCAAUAAAAUCAAUACAAGGAGCAAAGUCAGAGGCCAUGAAUUCUUAUCUACAAGACUAAAAACCACAAGACCUUUAAGGUUUAAGAUAGUCCUAUGGGAUGCCAAACCUGAGAAAGCUGAAGGACUCUUGUGUCGUGGCGCUUUAAGUUCCCCACUUUCUCCAUGGAAGGAUAUCUCCAGACACAUAGCUGAUUCUUGAUGAGCUCGCUCGGACUAUAACCAUGGCCACUCAGUAUCUCUUUAUGAUGCCUGUUCCACUCCAAUCCGCAGACCUGGAUAGUUUGUAACAGAUUAGAAUUUCAUAGAACC